AUGGACAAACAAACCCCGAAACUGAGCAACACUCUCCUGACACCCGAGCCACACUACAUCCCGGGGUAAGAACAGCUGUAUUCCUCCAGCAACUUAUAUUUAUACAGUAAUUUUAAUUAAUCUUAAAGGUGUUUGCACAGGGUUAUAAUGUCGCUCUGUUUUUUAAUUUCUUUUACAUCAUUACAGUCCCAAAAAGGGCACACAAACAGCAUGAAAUACAAUACAAUAAAAAGCUGCUUUAAAAGUGAGAGAAGUUUUUUACUUGUACUAUGUUUCCUGGCUUUAUCGUUGCUUUGUAUUAAACUGUUUAAAGCAUGGGGCUCCUUAUGACUUCCCCAUUAAUCACUGUUAGUUGGCACUUUUGAACAAUUUUGAGCACAUUGUGUCUUUUUUAGCAUUAGGAGAAAUAGCAUCUAUCCAACAGAGUUUCUCUAAAUAUCAUAAUUAAUUCUUGUGUUUAUAAGUAAUAAAAUUACUUGAAUACCUACAAAGUCCUGAUCACUGUAAACAUUUUCAUUUUAACCCUUUCAUGCACAAGUUUCCAGCUAUUUAAAAGCUUUUUCUUGUUUAUGCGAUACUUUUGAUGACAUAAUUGCACAUUAUUAUUAUUAUUAUUAUAACCUUUAUUUCACCAGGUUUGUCCCAUUGAGAUCCAAGAUCUCUUUUGCAAGAGAGACCUGGACAAGAGUGGAAGCACGUAUAGUUUCAAUACAUAAUCACAUUAAUCAUGUACAAUACAAAGAAUACAAAUAAUAAUUGAAUUUUCAAAAUUAGUUAAAAGAAUUUACAAGAUUCGUCAAACAUUUGCACUCAAAUAAAACAUUUGCCCUACAUCAGACAAUUGCAAACCACUGCAAGUGAAACAAAAAUCCAGUUCAAACCUUGUUUUUCAUUCUCCUUACUUAAGAUGAACAUAAACACUUAGUUAAAAAUCCUUUCUGAGAGUAUCACAAUUCAUGCAUGAAAGGGUUGAAAUAACUUACUCAAAAAUGAAGUUAUUUAAGCUGUAGGAAUAGAUCCCACAUACUGAAAAUAUUUAUGUUUGCAUAUUUAUGGAUAUUUAUGUUUUUUUGUAAUUUGUGUUUAAACCUUGUUGAUUUCAGGUUUACGGGACACUGCCCACAGCUCAAAUUCAAUGGAGGGAAGUCAUACGGCCAGCUCACAGCUGAAAUGCUCCGCCUUCCUAAUAUAAAAUGCUCCGCUCACCGGGUCGUCAGUGACCGUCACGUCCCCUCUGCAGAGUAUGACUCUGCUUUGACACUGAGGAUGAUACCAGGAUUCACCGGUAGAUAACCACACGUACAGAGAGGGGUCAAAGAGGAAACCUAUCACUUCUAGACAACGAUGUAAUAUUGCUAACAAACAUUUGCAAAAUUUGAAACGUUUCUUUUCACAAUGACAUGAAAGAAAACAGAGAAUGAACUGCAUCCACUGUUAACUAUUAGGCACAAAUAUACAGUUAUUUGAACAUUGUGCACAGGACACUUUAUUGUAAAUUGUUUCUUUAAUGUUGCUUGUUGCUGUUUUAGGCUUUAUUCCAAAACGUCACAACUACUUUGGCAGCAGUUACUCUGACACGUGUCGCAAAGCGAUAUCUGAGUUCAACCAGGAGAGACGCACAAGGACUCAACGAUCAUCAUCAGACCUGCCAGCUCUUGUCUACCACACCAACCCACAUCCUGAAGUAACCUCUCCGUCUCUCUUACUCAGACAUGUUGACAUGCCACCUCUGAACUGGUUCACUCUUGUUUAAUUAUCCAUAGUGGAACUCCAGUGUCAGUUCACUGUAAUGUAAUCCACCUUUACUGAGAGACUAAGAGGCAGAAGUGAUCAGCUUUCCAGUAGACCAACUGCAAAUCUACUUAUUGUGUCUAGAAGAUUCACAUUUACUGAAACUUUUAAGGAGUUUAUAGCUGUAAAAUCACAUUUCCUUUGGUUACAAAUCUACCAAUGCCAUAAGUGGACAAGAUCUACCUGAAAGUAUCAUUGGAGGCCUGUGUAAAUUGAUCAUUUCUGUUUGAGCUCUUAUGAUCUCUGAGUCACUUAUCUUUAUUGCUACCUUUAUUUUUUCCCUUCAGAGACCAAGACCCUCUUUGGCAGCAACCUCCGGCACAGUUUUCUGUUACAAGCCUUUGAAGCCUUCUACACCCCUCAGAACUCCAUAUGUCAUGGAUGAUGAUGACCCAAACAAGCACUUUAUCUCAGGUGCAACAAAAACAAAUGUAUAUUCAAGAACACUUUUCAAAAGCAGACACAUAAAGCCUGACGUCUGCAGCUGCAAACACACUUUUUUUUUUUUUAGCUCAAAUGACAAGCCUGUUAUCUUCACAUUCAGAUAUUCCUCAUCAUCAUUUUGAUUUUUAAUCUUUUUUUGGCCUCUAGACACUUCUGUAGAAAAAAAUUGACUCUUAAACUUUAAAAAAAUCACUAUAACUUCACCUGCAAGUUGCUGCUGUCAGUGUUGGAAAGGCAGCUCUAAUUUUGGUCAGGAAGCUGUUGUUAAAAUCUCCAAGUGAUGCAAUGACACUGAAUCAAGAUUAGAAGUUAUAAAAUCAGACAAUCAAUAAAUCAGCAAAAGGACGGUCUUACUUUAAAUCUGUGCUUCUCUAAUAUUUUCAUUAACUUCCCUAAACUAUAGACAUGAAGUUAUGCAUGUUGUCUGCUUAUGAUGCUAAAAUGGCUCAAAUAUUGGUCAUCAAACUGAAAGCGAUUGAUAACCUCCGAUUUGAUUGGUAUGUGAACAGCAUAACUAAAAAGCUCAUCGGGUGAUCUCUUUUUAAAGGAUUCUCUGGACACGUGCCGAAAUCUCGCUUCCUGUUUGGCAAAGGCUUCGCUGUCACCACCAACCAGGCUCUGAUCCAGUUUGGAGAGCAGCGGCGGACUGACCCCAGGUCCCAAAAUAACUCAGGGAGAAAGGACAGUUCGGUAGUCACCAAGUCCACCAUCUAUCCCACAGACAGUGGGAUGGUGCCGUCAUUCUCGGGACACAUCCCAGGUUUGUCAGUGUCUGCAAAAAUGUAAUCAGCUAUUUCUAAAAGGCUUCUGAAGGGAGUAACAAGAAGUUAAGACGUAUGUUCAUAUGACUCAAACAGGAUAUAAGUUCAUGUGUGGAGACACCUUUGGCAAUCUCACCCGGUAUGUACUAGAAAAGAGCGGGAUCAAGAGGAUUUCCCAGGACAAGUCGUAA